GGAAGGAAAGCUACAAAGUUUGUGCAUAGAUGGAUGGGGCCGAUACGUAUCGUGAGUGGAGCUGGCUGCGACAACUAUUUGGUGAGGCGAGAGGAUAAGAACGGAGAGCUACGUGAAUUUAUAGCUCAUGUUUCCUUUCUGACGACCUACAACGAGCCUACCGACGAGUUGCAGAAGGCGGCAGCAGACAUCGAAGCGCAGCUGAACUAUGAAGGCGAGGUCGAACGCGAAGCAGCAGGCAAGAGAAGACGUCGGCCAGCAGCUACGAGUGAGAAGGCUUGGAGAGACGACGGUGAGCAGCUGGUGGAAGUCGCUAGACGACGACGACGAAACAAGGCGGGACACUACGUACUGGAGUAUAAGCUACGACUCGCACGCAGUACCCACGAUGAACACGAUGUCCACGAGGACGCCGAGGACGACGCCACACGAUGGGUGUCGCUCACAGAGUACCACCGCUUGUUCGACACGGGCAGAUUCGUGGAAGACUCUGACGGUGGAGAAGGCAUGUGA